AUGUAUUCUUCAUCCGCUUCGCCCUCUCGUUACAGGCCAAGGUCUGCAGGUGGAAGGGCCAGAUGUCAAUGUGGUCUCCCUCUCAUCAUCUACACAGCUAGGACUCGAGUAAACACUGAUAGGAGAUUUCUGAGAUGCAGAAGAUGGCAAUUGCCAGAUACUUGUGGUUUCUUUUUUUGGAUUGAUGAUCCAAGUAUUGCAGUUCAGAGAAGUCAUGCUCAAGUUGAAAGUGAUGCAACAAGUUUAAAUUCUGAGAUUGGCAAUUCAUCAAACUCUGUUCAUGUUGUACCAGAGUUGAAUAAGAAGAUUAUGAAGCUCAAGAAGAAGCUUGAAGUUGAGCGAUUCCAGAAGAAGCUUGCAUGCUUGUUUACUGUCCUUGCAAUGAUAGUAGCAAUAGGGACUUUAUGUAUGAGAAAGGGUUGA